UUCAUAGCAUGCACUCGGACGACCUUUUCCAGCCAUCUGCCCGAUCAAUCAAUCCGGCGUGUAGAAAAAGUGAAAUUACGGAUCCAGUCCCGUACAAACAGUCUUGCUCUCUUACAAAAGGAUCUCCGUACUCUCGUGCAAUCGUGCUCGUGUAUGCGUGCUCGAAUUAAAAUCGCGAAAUAAUUUCUAAAUGUCAGUUUUUUCUCUCGCGUAUCGCGCUCCCUCGAUAUUUCGCGAUUCGAAAUCGUCGGAUCUUCGAUUUCAGCGAUUGACAGAGGGCAGUUUCGAAGAAAUCGCACCGUCCCGGCAUCGAUUUGCGAUACAAUUCAAGAAAAGAAGCUUCGCAUCGUUCCGGGACUGUCGUGUGUGAAGGCGGUUGGCUUUGGUCGAAGCCGAUCGAUACGUACGCGGACGCGGCCGCCGAGCCGUCCCGACACUCGCCGAGGCGACCCGAGCGCUGCCGAGACGCGACGGACGGGGCCGAAGCGCGCUGAACGAGCGACGCGUAGCGAACGACAACGAGCGCGCUUCCCCUCUUCGGAUUCGUUGCAAACGGCGUACGCGUGCACGGGCGCGGCUUUGCGUCUCGAGCUGGCGUUUUACGGGAUAAAAUGUCCUCCCUUGAUUAUCUGGACUUGUGUCGGCUGUGUCUCGUGAAGGACCGCGUCUCCGUGCCGAUUUUCGAAGGCGAGGGCGACGUACGGCAGAUCUUUCUAAAGAUCACCGCCUGUUUGCCGGUCAAGGUUGCCCGAGAAGACAAAUUACCCAAGAAGAUAUGUGACGACUGUGUUUAUAAAGUAGAAUUAAUUUAUCAAUUUUGGCAUACGACAGCGAACGCAGAAAAACAGUUACUACAAUGGCUAGGCGAGGUAAACAUGGAAGACAAACAGGGUUACGUUGGCACUGUUCUCAAUCCGAAUGGAAUGAAACCAGAACAGAGCAACGAGAACAGGUUAGAUGGUACUGUGAUGCAACAAGUAAGCGAACAUCAGAACAAUAUGACUAUGGGUAUGAUGGACAAUAUGGGCUUGACUAUGCCUAUGAUGAUGUCGAGCAGUACCCAACAACAAAUAACCUCAGUUCCUAUAGACAACAGUGGUAGCUCCGUACAAAAUGUCCAACCAGUAGCUGGACCAAGUACACAAACGUCGCAUGACCAAAUUACGCAGGAUCAAACAAAUGCAUCCACACAGCAAGAAGAAGAAGAGGAGAGUAGUGAAGAAGAAGAAAACUCGGAUGAUGAAUGCGAUGGAGAUGAAGGCCUACCUAUAAAAGAAGAAAGUGAAGAAGAUCCUAAUAGAACUAUUGAGCCUACAACAUUUGUCAAUGUCUCUUUAGCGUGCGACGAAGCAGGUCCUUCCGGACUUCAACAACAAAAGAUUGCUGAUAUACCCGAGAUGGUAAUGUCACAGACAUCAGACGUGGAUCCGAAAACUGGAGCGGCAGAUCCGUUAAACGUUGAAUCCAUUGUCACCCGAAAACAAUUCGAAUGCGAACGAAUGAAAAGAAAAAAGCCUUUAAUAGAAGACGAAGAGCGAAUACAAGGGAUAAACGUAAACUUGACGAGAGAAUCUAGUCCGCGAAUUGUAACCGAAGAGAAUCGGCCGGCCAGAAAUAAGACGACGUGUGUAGAAUGCGAUCACUGUUGCCGCAAAUUCUUGAAGAAGAGCAAUCUCGCCGAGCACUUGAAACAGCACAGACACAAGUGCGCCGAUUGCCCGAAGACCUUUAGUCUUCGGCGUUAUUUGGUCUCUCAUAUCGAGAGGAAUCAUCGACAGCAGAUGUACGAAUGCAGCGUGUGCAAAUACAAGAGCAAUAACAAGGGCACUCUGAAAAAUCACUACAUCCGACUGCACACGAGCAACUACGAUUACGCGUGCGACAUUUGCGGCAAGCAAUUCAAGAUCAAGAAAGCUCUAAAUCAUCACGUGAAGCAGAAUCACAGCGAAGCACCGCCAAUCGUGUGCGACGUUUGCGGCCAUUUCAGCAAGAAUCUCCACGCUCUCAAAGCCCAUAUGAAGUACAGACACUAUAAACCGGAAUUUGUUUGCCGGAUAUGUCGACGGGGCAUGACUACACAGGAGAACUUGGAGCAGCAUCUCAUGUGGCACGAAACCAGGGAGAAGGUGCUCUGUCCGACCUGCGGCAAAAGAUUCCGAGGUCGUGAUCUUGAUUCGCACAUGAGGGUGCAUACCGGAGUAAAGCCGUUCCCCUGUCCUGUUUGUGGAAAGACAUUUCGACGACAAACAGCACAAGAGCAACAUGUAUUGAUUCACACCGGGAAGAGACCCUAUAUUUGCGAUAUUUGCGGUCAAGCGUUUGCCCAAAAACCUGGUCUCAUCUGCCAUAGGAAGAGACAUCCUGGUCCGCUACCUCCGCUGCCUGUAGUCUCUAUUAAGAACAUUGUCACGGAAUUUACAAAAGACGAUUCAACCAUGGACCCUCUGAACGUCGUGGACAUCAAUAAUUCGGAACACUUGCUGGUCGAAAGCAUAGAGUGCACGCCAGAGUAUGACUCGCUACCAAAUAAGCUCAAACGACAUAUUACUAGAAAAAGAAAGAUGCCGAAACAGGAGAAUUAUUCUACGGGAAAAGAUACGAAAAAGCAAUAUCACGAUCAGAACAAAGUCAAAAGGAAACCCGAGCUCUUCUUGGAAUGUGCCACAUGUGGCAAACGUUUCAGCGACAAACCUACUAUGAUAAAACAUAUGAGCCAGCACAAGUACCAGUGCCAAACCUGUUGCCAGAGUUUUAGUCUGAAGCGAGACAUGAAGCGUCACAUCGAAAAGGUUCAUGGACCUCUACUCUAUCCCUGCAGCAUUUGCGAAUAUAAGAGCAACAAUAAAUGCACCUUAAAGGAUCACUUCAUACGGAAGCACACCAGCAGCUUCCAGUAUACCUGCAAGGAUUGCAAGAAGCAGUUCAAGAUCAAGAACGAUUUGAAGCAACAUAUGAAUCAAGUGCAUAGUGGCGCACCGCCUAUCAUUUGUAGUAUCUGCGGACACGCAUGUAAAAACGUGCCUGCCAUUAAGGCACACAUGAAAUAUCGACAUUACAAGCCAGCUUACGAAUGCAAGAUAUGUAAACGCGGUCUGACCACGCAAGAGAAUCUGGACCAGCAUCUAAUCUGGCACGAACGGAAGGAGAAGGUCGUCUGUCCUACUUGCGGCAAGACUUUCGGCCAAAAGAGGGACUUGGACCUUCAUUUGAGGAUCCAUCAAGGUAUCCGGCCAUUUUCCUGUCCAGUCUGCGGCAAGACUUUUCCUAGAAAGACCGCGCAAGAGCAACACAUAUUGAUUCACACCGGCAAGAGACCGUAUAUUUGCGACAUCUGCGGCCAAACUUUUGCACAGAAGCCAGGACUCAUUUGCCACAGGAAACGUCAUCCUGGACCACUGCCGCCGUUACCUGUAGUAUCUAUUAAAAAAAUAAUCAUACCUCUCAUUACCCUCCGUUAUUUCAGGCAACGAAGGGGUAAAUCGCGCGCCGUGCAUCAAUGCGUCAAGUGCGGAGCUUGCUUUCGCCAUACGCGAAAACUCGUGGAACAUCUGAAGAAUCUACACAAUAUCGAUCGGGCUUUCAGCUGUGACGAAUGCGACAAGACGUUCCGCAGCCCGAUGAACAUAGCUCGCCACAAACUGAUCCAUACCGGGUUGAAGAUGUUCAUCUGCGAUCUCUGUGACUAUAGCACUAAUCAAAAGUCCAAUCUGGAAUGCCAUCGUCGCCGACACGCGAAGGAUUAUAGUUUCAAAUGCGAGAUGUGCGACAAGGGUUUCUUUCACAAGACCGAGUAUCUGGAGCACCAAAACGCGCAUACAAAUAAGAAUCUAUAUCGCUGCGAGCACUGUUGCAAGUACUACUUCUACAAGAAGAAUCUGUCGGUGCAUCUGGUAACGCAUCACACGGACAAACAAACCGGCGUUCUCGCGAAGAACGCAAAGACGAGGCACGUGUGCAAAUUCUGUCCGGAAAGAUUCGUCUACAAGAAACUGCUGAAGAGACACAUGAAGAAUCAGCACGGAUUCACGGAACACGCUCCGACGAAACACCUGUGCGAUCUGUGCGGCGCGGAAUUGUCGUCGAUGAGACGAUUAACGGUGCACAAACGUAAUCAUGUGGGCGAGAAGAUCUUCGAAUGCGAUACGUGCGACAAGAGAUUUGCUAGCAAGGAGAAUCUGAGUAUCCACAAACGAACGCACACAGGUGACAAACCGCACGUGUGUCCGCAGUGCGGUAGAAGUUUCACGCAGAGGACCUCGUUGGUCUUACAUCUACGAUAUCAUUCGGGUCAGAGGCCUUAUCAGUGUCCGGAUUGCAGCAAGAGUUUCGUGUCCAACGCUUUGCUCAAGAGGCAUCGCAAAGUGCACGAGAAAACCGUGCACCCAUGGACGAAUAAUCACGAUUUGAAAGUGAAGAAUGGGGACCUGCCUGAUCUUGGACAGAAAUUCGAAGGUAGCGAGAAAAUUUGCGAGCUGUGUCGAGAGAAAUUUCACUUUGUUACGAGAUUAGUCGCUCAUCUGAGAAUAGCGCACGGCAUUCAUCGACCCUUCAAAUGCGUCACUUGUGGCAAGAAUUAUCCCCAGCAAUUCAUGCUUAACGCCCACGUGAAGAAAUCGCACACUCUCAAAACGGUGCCGUGCAACGAGUGCAAUUUCAUGGGUGUCGACGCGACCGACGUGGAGAGGCACAGGAAACGACAUCAUCGAGCCUCGAAAUUCACGUGCGAAAUUUGCAGCGAGAAUUUCAUCGACAAGGACACUCUGAUCACGCACACGACGAUGCACAACUUUAUGCAAUAUCAGCAAUGCAGCGCGUGUGGUAGCAUCUUUAAUGACGUGUACAGCUUGAAGGAGCAUAAUCGUCUACACCACUACGAUCCUGCGGUCAUGUCGGAUGAAAGGAUCGAGGAAUCUAUGGAGAACGGAUCCGAACACAAAUGUGACGUUUGUGACAAGGUCUACAAGUACAAGUCGAUGCUGAAGCAGCACAAGAUCAAGGCCCAUGGGAAUCCGUCUCUCUACGAGAGACGUAGGUAUCUUUGCGCACAAUGCGGCAAGGAGUUGAAGACCGCGAAGGGUCUCGAAAUUCAUCAUAGAUCGCACACCGGCGAAAAGCCGUACACUUGCGAAGUGUGCGGUAAAUGUUUCGCUUGCGAGACCCUGCUGAGGACCCACAAGGUCAUUCAUACCGGAGAACGGAAGUACUCGUGCGAUCAAUGCGGCAAGUCUUUCACGCAGAGGUCCACGUUGGUUGUUCACAAACGAUAUCACACGGGCGAACGACCGUACAUUUGUCCUCGAUGCAAUAAGGGUUUCAUCACACGAACUGUUCUUAAUACUCAUAUUAAGUCUUGUCGUUAGAAGACUUGCACUUACGGGAUUAAUAAUCCCCGACAAAGAAAUCGUCGGCAGUAUAUAUAUAAAGGAUAAUUUUUUUUACCUCAGAAUGAUAGAUAAAUUUAUUUUUCGUGAUUUUAGUAACAAAAAAAGCCGUCCGUGGCAUUGAUAAUAUGUAGUAUACUUAUUGUUAAUUAUAAGUAAUAUACACAAUGAUGCAUUUAUAUUAUUAUAUAAAACGAAUAAAUAGUAUUGUAGAAAAUAGCUUUUUUAUAUUGUAGAUCGCUUGACUCAUAAAAUAAAAGAUACAAUUUUUCAUUAAAAGUAUUUGACGAACAAUGUAAUGUAUUUUUUGACACUCAUAUAUACAAUUUAGAGUUAAUUUUUUAUAUAUUUUUACAUAUUUUUUAUAACAAAAUAUUUUUAUUUGUGACAUGUAUAGUCGAUCGUUUGUAUUGCAAAAUUGCAAUACUCUUAUGUUCUUAUUAUCAAUUUUCUUUCGAUUUAAUUCUUAUUCUCUACAUGUAUAAAAUAAAAAUAUUCCGUUUACUCGUAACAUAUUCUUGUAACAAAUCUGCAAAGAAUAGCAGAGGAACAUCUCUUUACGAACUUUCAGCUGAUUCACAAUUUACAAUACAAAUUUUAUAGACAAGAUCACAACAUUUUACUAUACAGACAUUCGAUUGUAUAAUAUUCAUCAUUAUGCGCGAACUCACUAGAAUAUGUUCAAAUGUGCAAGCAAAUUUCUAUAAUUAAUAUCAUUUUUGAUAGCGUAACUCGGGAGAAGAUGUCAUACUUAACUUUGAAAGGCAAUGUGUUUGUAAUUAUUAAUUAUGAGCAAAAAAGAAUAAAACAAAUCGAAAUAUUGUCAUUAUAUUUGUAUUUGGUUAUAAUUAAAAAAGUCUAAUUCUUUUAUUAUUUUAACAGUAACAGCAACAAAAAAUUCCUACAUAUAUGAGUAAGAUGCCAGACAAGAAUAAUCUACUUAGCUGAUCGCGUUUAAUAUUGGUGAUGAAAGAUGACAGUUCUAACAUCUUAUCCCGGCAUGCAGAUAUCAACAUCAAGUUACUUUCUGUAAAAUCUAAUCGCAAAAAGUAUAAAAAAUUAGUGUUAUAUAACUUAAUAUGAUCAAAUCAUAUUGGUUACAGACAUAUUUCUUUAACUCUGUUAUCUUGAUUAAUUUAAAAAUAUAAAGCAUAAAGAAACGCACUGUCGUUUCGUCAUCUGGCAUUUGAUCACAUAACUUUUUCUUUAUGGCGGAAACGUGUAAAGUGAAAAAUUUUAUCAUUGAAAUUAAUGGCAAAAUUUUUCACGUUUUUGUCCUAGGAAAAAAGUUACGUGAUCGAAAGCCUGCACUAAACGCAAUCAGCUGACAAUGUACAGAUUAGUGGUACUUUUUAUCGAAAAAUCUAAAAAUUACGGAAAAAUGGCAUCUUGCCCGACAUGACAUCUUUACUCGAUUUAUCUUUUAUCUAUAUUAGUAUUUUUCUAUAAAUAAUCACUGCCGUUUUAAUAUUGUUGCUAUAAUUAUUCGUAUUCUUGCGAGUAAUGUAAAAAUACAGACUUAAUAAUGUAAAAUUUAUAUA